UUGUGGGCUACACAGAGGGGUUGAGGUUGGCAGGGACAUCUGGAGGUUAUCUGGACCAGUCCCACCUAGAGCCAUUGCCCAGGACUUUGUGCUGAUGACCUCUGGAUGCCUCCGAGGAUGAAGAUUCCACAACCUCUCUAGGUAACUGGUUAUAGUGCUUGGUCACGGUAAAACAAAAUGGUGUUUUCUGAUAUUCAGAGGGAACCUCUUAUCUAGAUAUCUAGAUGAGAUCUCACUGAGCCUUCUGUUCUCCAGGCUGAACAGUCCCAGCUCUCACAGGACAGAAGCUACAUUCCCUUAAUUUUUUUCAUGUCCCUGUUUUGCAUUCUCUCAGAUGUGGCUUCACCAGUGCUGAGCAGAGAAGAAGAAUCAGUUUGCUCAACCUGCUGUUAAUCCUGUGCCUGGUGCACUAUUGUUUUUCUUUGCUGCAAGGGCACAUUGCUGCUCAUGGUCAACAUGGCACCCACCAGGACCCCCAAGGCCUUUUCUGUUGUGCUACUUUCCAGCCAGUCAGUCCCCAACAUAGCCUGGUGCAUGGCUAUACCUUUUAUCACUCCUUUUGAAGAGACUCCCUGGUCUCAAGCACCUUGGCCUGCCAUUUUCACAUCCACAUCCCAGCAGGGUCAAAAUAGCAUAUGCAGGCUCACUCUCCACAUAGUCUUCAUCCACUUGGAGAACAAAUUUCCCUAUUGCUCCCUUGCCCCUAAGCCCUUGCUCCACAGGAUCAGGCACAGCUGCAAAGACAGGCAAAAGGCAGAGCUCCCAGGCUUGGGCAGUUUGUCCUCAGUCUGCUGGUGACUUUUCCUGCAUCUCCUCAGCUCUUGCAGCCAUUUCUGUAUUUUUCAUACCUGAAACAACCAACAUGUGGACAGGAUUCUCACAGCUCUCAAACUGGACUGAAAAUCGAAAGUGAGGCACCAUGCUGCACAGAGAAGGGCAGGCCUUGGAGCUGGCAGGAGUGGGUGGAUGGUGGCCUUGGUACCUCCCAGCUGCUGAUUGAGGUGCUGGAGAUGCCUAGUCCAAGUUGGCAGAGGUAACAGGGAUGUUAGGCCAUGGGGCUGGAAUCAGCCCUGCCUCAUCCAGUGCACGUGGGCAGGGCAGGAGAGCCCGCACUGGGAGAUGUUGCUGCUGUUGCCCAAGGGGGUGAUUACAGGCCUGAGCCCCUGGGACUGGUCUGACCUGCCUGACUCCUGUGCUCCACAACAGCACAAGCGUGUCCUAGGAGAGGGCAGGCCUCUUCCUCCCCACCUGUCCAGACUUGUCCACAGGUGUCUCCUGCCUGUCUGGAGACUUCUCUCCUUGCCCAAGCCAGGAAGUGUGUGCCGAACCUGCUGUUGGGUGGUGCCUCAGGGCUUCCCAGAAAGGCACAUCAGCCUCGUUCCUCUUCAUGUCCCUGGAGAGAUGCUGUGCUGCAGAGCACCUCAUAGUAGAGGGCUCACACAGAGAUUCUGAGUGAGAGGGGGCCCAGCUCCCACUCCCUGCCCUUUCACCCUGACCUGUGGCACUUUACAGUCGCCCUCCUGCUGCUGUAUGGGCUCCGCUCAGAGUCCCAGCAAGUGAGGCUCCAUGCGGCACAUCCACACAGAGACGUCUCUGUCCCCGGAGCACAGCACAGACCCCAGCCUGUCCCGGCCCAGGGGGGAGACACCCUUGGAGCCUUCCUCGCAGUGCUGCACCCACCGCAGCAUCCUCAUGGGCUACAAUGAGACAGAGAUCAAGCGCCAGAAGGUUUACCAGGUGUCCAUCUUCUCCCAUCUCUCCAGCUCCUCUGAGAGCACGGAGCAGCGGGCAGGCACCUGGCCAGCUGUCAAGAGGGGAUACCCCAAGCAGCGAACUCCAGAAGGGGGGCGAGAUCCCAAACGAACUCACUGGGGUGACAGGGGGGUGGAUGGGGGCCCUGGGCAGCCUUCCCUGGAUGAUGAUGAUACCUUUGAGGAUGGUCUGCUGGUGGAGGAGCUCUCCCUUUGCGGCUCUGCCCAGCACUUCUCCCACAGUGGGCUGCGGGUGGUGGAGCACCGCUGUGAGGACAGCCCUAGCCACAGCCCCAAGGCCAGCAGAGAGGACAAGUCACAGGAACUCUCCUUUUCCUCCUUCUCCUCAUCCUCCUCCUCUUCCUUCUCCUCCUUCUCCUCCUGGCCCCAGCACAUUGCUUGCAGUACUUUGCACAUGAGAGACAGUUGCCCUGUCUCAUCAGGGGAUCAGCCCAUAGACUAUGGAGAGAAUGGGGAGCCAGCAAGUGGCCGCAAUGUACUUCACCUUGAAUUGCACAGUAUUGCACAAACAACCCAGUUGGACCCUGGUGGGAAGAGAGAGAAGCCAGGGAGCAGCCCAACUCACACCAGCAGGGCUAGCGGAGAAGCAGAAGGGCCAGUGGUGGCCAAUGGGUGCAGGGAGUCCCCAGUUCCACUGGCAGCGCUUAGCCCUGAGCCCAGCAACCUGAGCUCCCAGGAGAUGACACCCUGUGGGAGCAGCCAGCUCAGUGGCACCUGCCCAGCCAAAAGGAAGUUGCUGCCCGCUGGCGAGGUUAUGGCUGACUCCUGUUCUGAGGAUGAGAGCCUGUCCCCACCAGCAAGGAAGAAGAGGGUCCUGCCAUGCCAUCCUGUGCUCACAGCCUGCCGCAGCACUGAUGCCAAGGGAGCUCCGUUCUGGAAUCACUUGCUUCCUGCAGCCAAGAGCUCUUCGGAUUGCACUGCGGUUGGGAGGAGGCUGAAGAGUGGGCUGCGUCUCAAAUCGCGACAUCUCCGGACCAGCCUCCGGAGGGGCACUAGGUCCCCCACAGUGCCCUGGGCCACCACCACUGUCAGCCAUGCUCUGCUGGGCAAUUUUGAGGAGUCCAUCCUGAAGGGGCGCUUUGCACCAUCGGGGAGGAUCGAGGGUUUCACAGCAGAGAUUGGUGCCAGUGGCUCCUACUGUCCCCAGCAUGUCACCCUGCCUGUUGACGUCACCUACUUCGACAUCUCUGAACACAGCGCGCCCUCGCCUUUCCUGGGAGUGAUUGACUUGGAGGCCUUGGGAAAGAAGGGUUACAGUGUGCCCAAAGCUGGAACCAUCCAAGUGACCUUAUUUAACCCCAACAAGACUGUGGUGAAGAUGUUCUUGGUGACAUACGACUUCCAGGACAUGCCAGCCAACCACAUGACCUUCCUACGCCAUCGCAUCUUCCUGGUGCCCGUGGGGGAGGAGGAGGGGUCCACAGUGGCCCCCAGUGACCCACUGGGCACCAGCCCACCCUGCAGGGUCCUCUGCUACCUGAUGCAUCUAAGGUUUCACAGCUCCAAGUCAGGGAAGAUCUACCUUCAUGACGACAUUCGUCUGCUUUUCUCCCGCAAGUCGAUCGAGGUGGAUUCGGGGAUCCCCUACGAACUGAAAUCCUUCACAGAGAUGCCGCGGAACCCCUGCUACUCACCCCGGGCCUGACCUUCUUCACUCCUGCCCCCUGGGCCACUGCAGAGCCUCCAGACCAGCACUUUGGGGAGAGAUGAGUAAAGGGCCAGCAAGCACUGCUUUGAGAUAUCACCCACCCUCCUGACCAGCACGGACACCACACUCUGCAGCAGGCCUGGGAUCACCCAGGGGGCUUCACCAGGAGGGGCAGGGGCUGAGGAGCAGCCCUGGCACUCCAGGGACAUGCCCAAGCCUUCUGCUGGCACUGCUCCCAGCUUGGAGACUUGGCUGUGGCUGAGGUGGGUGGGUGUGGAGUGAAGAGUUGGACUGGAGCUGUGAGUGAGACCAUCCAUACUGGUCUCGUGUCUGGGAGCAGGAAGUGUGGAAGAGUUUGUAUUUAUUAGUAUUUAUUGUUGCUGGGAGUGCAGAGGAGGCUCGUGCAGAGGAUCAGAGGUGCUGUGCUUGUUCUUCCCCUCAGCCCUGCCUGCACCAGACUGCCCAUGUUCGGGCAGGGCUGUGGGAACUGUGAGGAUGACUAGGGACAGGGAUGCCUCAGCCCAUGGAAGGGAGAGUGACCCAGUGCUCACACAGGGUGCAGCUCCCAGGUCAAGGGUGUAUUAAAAGCCCAGUGACAGGCUGAGCCUCCCUGGCACCAGCUUUGCAGGGCCAGCCCAACUCCAAGCAGCUUGGGGAGGUCUGCACUUAACUUCUGAGUCUUUUAGGGCAAGACAGAGCCCAGUAGACCUAUGGCUGUCAAGGAAGUGGCCACUGCCAGGUUCCUGAAGGUAAGAGACACAGUUGCCACGUGGAUGGGGACCUGGAGCUCUUUGCAGGAAUAUGGGGAUAGCCCUCUGGGCAAGAGCCUCCAGAGCACGUGAGCUGUGAAUCUGCGAAGAUUGCCAAAAAAAAAAAAAAAAAAAAAAAAGGAACUUUGCACUGUCUGUGGGUGUGCGGUGAAUCCCAUGCAGGAGGCAGCUUUGGGCAGGGACUGCCAGCAGGGUGAUCAGGGGAUGGAGGAUGGUCAGGAGCCCCAGCUUAGAAAAACGGGGAAACGGGGAAGCAACAGAGGAAAUCAGACUGUGGGAGCUGGGCUGGUUCCUCAGGAGCAGGACCGGGAGAAUCCAGUCUGGGGCAGUCAGAGGGACAGGGCCAAAAGUAAAACAAACUUGCACGUUCCCUGUCUGUAACACCUCUCUGCCCUCUGAGGGUCUCGGCAAGGCUCCUCUGCCAGCCCAGGCUGUGGAGAUGGAUCCUCAGCCCCUCCAUCAGAGAGAAGAGGGGGACAGGCCCAACCCCAUCAACUCCCACCGCUGAGGCUGAGACCCCAGUGCAGGGGGCUCCGUGUGGGGAUGGGCCAGGACUGGGAAGGUGUGGGGGCAAAGUCCUGUUCUGCCUUGCCCGGGGGCGGCCGAGGGGCUCCGGCCCUGCUGCACUGGGGUUGGGAAGCCUGAACCUGCCCAUAUACUCACACUGGGGGCCUGAACCCUCCAAACGCAGGUUUCGAACUCCCCUCACACCGGGGGUUGCUCCCCCAAACCCGGGCCCUGAAUCCCGCAAACUGUGGAUCUGAACCCCCCCAAACACCGGGGGCCGCUCCCCCACUGCCCUGGCCAGCGGGUCUCGAGGACCACCAUGACACCGGAGUCCCCCUCUCCCCCAGGUCACCGGGGCUGCCCCUCUCGCCGUGGCCCUGCGGGCUUGCGAAGGCCGUGCCGGUACUUUUCGUGUUCGUUUCUAAUUUAAUAAACGUCCGUUUGGAGCUCCAGAA